AUGAACGACCUCAAGCGGGGUUUGCUGCAGGAAUUGGGUCACGAUGCAGUGGUGUUAAGUCUCUCCGCCAAUUUUGCGUGGCUCACAAGUGGCGCUCGCAGCUACGUCUUCAUGGCCACGGAAGGUGGAGUGGGCUCCAUCUGCGUGGACGCCUCGCGCGUUGCAGUGCUGACGAACGAGAUUGAGGGCCACCGCUUGGUGAACGAGGAGAUGCGGGGCCUUGAGAGCGAGAUCACGCUGGUGCAGGACCCGUGGCACGCUCAGCGCAGCGCCGUCGACAUGGCCAAGGAACUUGCCAAGAGCGACAAAGUGGCGGUGGAUGCUGCGGACCCCACUUUAGCUGCUCGCCUCGCUGAACUGCGCUCCACAUUGACAGCGUACGAGAUGGACGUCUUCCGUGCUCUCGGUAAGGACUGCGGAGAGCUGAUCGGUGAAGUGGCCCGAGUUGUUCGCCCUGAUAUGACCGAGUGGGAAAUCGCCAGCCAGCUCUCGGCCAAGAUGUGGGCUCGCGGGAUCACGCCUGUGGUGAUGCUCGUCGCGGCCGAUGAACGCGUCGACAACAUCCGCCACCGGCUGCCCACGAAGAAGCGCGUGAAGAACAAGGCCAUGCUGGUGAUCUGCGGUCAACGUGCCGGGCUCAUCGCCUCUACAACUCGUCUGGACCUGCUGCGUCGACAUGAGGCGGCAACGUACGUGGACGCUGUGGUCAUGGCAAACACGCGCACCGCUGGGGUCAAGGCUGGAGACAUGCUCAAGCUCGCUCAAGACGCCUACGCCCAGAAGGGGUUCGACGGCGAGUGGAAGUUCCACCACCAAGGAGGUUGCGCGGCCUACAAGAGCCGUGAAUGGGUGGCCAACCCGUCAGUGAACCGAGUGAUGGGCUUGAACCAGGCGUACGCGUGGAACCCGUCCGUCGCGGGGACCAAAUCCGAGGACACGGUGCUCUGCUACGCGAACGCACAGGGCGAACCCGUCGUGGAAGUCAUCACCUCGUCGCCUGGGUGGCCGGUCAUUGAGCAAACCAUCGGAGACAUUACCAUCGCUCGCCCGACGAUUCUGCACUUGCCGCUCUGA